AGGGGGCAAACCACUGGGGCGCCAGCAUCUGUUUAAAAAUUGCAACGUAGACCCAGUUUGCGUGAUGCAACCAACAGAAAUCUCCAGGAAGGGCUGGGAUGUACGGUUGAGGUUAGGUUACGACGGUCUUCGUAAAGCUGCAAAAAUGGCCAGAUACCAACAGCUUCCCCACGUGGCUGCCGCCCUCGAAUUUCUGCCUUGUGGGCCCGAAAGCUUCGUUUUCUUGUUAUUUAUCUCUAUGGGGGGAAGUCCGUGUGUUCCGCCAGGCCGGUGUUUGUAUCCGGGUUGGUUCCUCUCGCGCAGCCGCCUCGGAAGUGAUGGUUUUGAAGGAAGGUCGUGGCGCGCUUUAUGCAACUGCUGCACGUGGGGAGCCGAUGCCCUGAUCCGGAGCCAGAGGCGGGAGCCGAGCUGUGCGGUCAGGUUGCGGCCGGAGGGGAGGUUUUGUAGGCAGCCUCGGUCGGAGGGCGGCGGGAAUCGGGAUGGGGGGUGCAGCUCCCCCGCAAGCUGGAAGGAGGAGGGCAGCGGCAUGGGAGGGUCUUGCAGUGUAGGAAAGGCAGGGGGCGGGGGGAGCUUUUCUUCGGGAGGAGAAGAAGAGGUGCUUCCCCGCGGGCCAGUUUAGGAAACGUUACUGCAGGGUCGUAGAGCCUGUGAGGUUGCUGAGAGGAGGUAGACAACAAUGUUCUCGGUGACGUCGCGGCUCCUUUGGCGUCCCCGGCGCCUUCCAGGUAGAUGGAUGCUCGUUGGGAGCUCUCCUUGUAAGCACUACAAACAGGAAAAGCUUCCACCGGUGCAGGAGCCGAUUCCUCCGGCCUCCGUCACAGAGAUCCGGCAGUACCUCAAAAUGCAGAAAAUCCCCUUUCACGAUGGCUACAGUUGCAUUCACGUGCCCAGUAUUUUUGUGGCGGAUAAACAGCAGCUCCGGCAUACUUACAGCCUCUUUAUUGAUAAGACGACGGGCCAGUUCAUCUGCACGGCCACGCUGGUCGAAGGUAAUUGGCAAGAUUUCCAGGCCAACGUAGAGCUGCAGGAUAAAGGACUAACGUUAAGCGACAGGCACAGUAUUAAUGAGCAAAACAACCAAACUGGGGAGGACGCCAAGCACAUAUGGGACCGAGCCUUGCCUCUCUGGCAAUUGCUGGAUGAGCAGGAGACCAAAGACGUCAAGGCUAGGUUUGGCAUUUCCAGCGUGUCGAAUACCACUCUCAAACAUUUUGGGGUGCGUUUUCUUCGGACUGGUCAAGCAUUGGUCUUCCCAUGGUUCAGUCCUUCUGGCACCAGCUUGAAGGGCUUGAAGCUCCUCCGAGUUGAGCACCAAGGGGACAGAGUACACCAUGUGGAGAAUAUGUUGCCUCGUCCCAAUGCCUAUCACAAUCUCUUUGGUUUGCCUCUGAUCAGUCGGCGUGAUACAGAAGUGGUGUUGACUGGCCGAGAGUUGGAUGCUCUGGUGUUGCAUCAGGUGACUGGUUUACCCACCUUGGCACUGCCUCGUGGGAUUUCUUGCCUUCCCCCAGCCUUACUUCCCUACUUAGAACAGUUCAAAAGGAUCACUUUAUGGUUAGGAGAGGAUCUCCGGUCCUGGGAAUCUGCUAAACAUUUUGCACGUAAGCUGAAUCCUAAGCGUUGUUACUUGGUGCGACCAAGUGAUCAACAGCUCCGACCUUUAGAAGCGUUUAGCAGUGGUAUGAACCUUACCAAGAUUCUACGCUCAGCUCUGCCAGCUGGUCACAAAUCUAUAAUUUCCUUUUGUCAACUGCGGGAAGAGGUGUAUGGGGAAUUGGUCAAUGUAGAUCAGGUGGCUGGAGUCAAAUGGGCUCGUUUCCCAGAACUGAGCAAACUUCUCAAAGGCCACCGCAAAGGAGAGCUCACUGUUUUCACAGGUCCAACAGGCAGUGGGAAGACCACUUUCAUAAGUGAAUAUGCUCUGGAUCUCUGCAUGCAAGGGGUUAAUACAUUAUGGGGCAGCUUUGAGAUCCAUAAUGUGCGUUUGGCCAAGAUCAUGCUUACUCAAUUUGCCAUGGAAAAACUGGAUGAGCAACUGGAAAAAUAUGAUGAAUGGGCAGACAAGUUUGAGGAUCUUCCACUUCAUUUCAUGACCUUCUAUGGACAACAGAACAUCAAGACAGUAAUUGAUACCAUGCUCCAUGCUGUGUACAUGUAUGACAUUACCCAUGUUGUCAUUGAUAAUCUCCAGUUUAUGAUGGGCCAGGAGCAACUCAGUGUAGACAGGCUUGCCCUCCAAGACUACAUUGUGGGUACUUUCCGAAAAUUUGCUACAGACAACAAUUGCCAUGUAACCCUGAUCAUUCAUCCCCGCAAAGAAGAUGAAGAAAGAGAGUUGCAAACAUCUUCCAUUUUUGGGUCUGCAAAGGCCAGCCAGGAGGCUGACAAUGUGUUGAUCCUGCAAGAUAGGAAAUUAACGACAGGACCAGGCAGGCGCUACUUACAGGUCUCCAAGAAUCGCUUUGAUGGAGAUGUGGGAAUAUUUCCCCUGGAAUUCAGCAAAACUUGCCUUACGUUCUCUAACCCUGUCAAAAGCAAAACUAGGGUAAAGAAGGUAAAAGAGGAUACUGAGGAGCCAGUCCAAAAAUCUGUAGCAGCUGCUGGGGAAGUUCCAAAGAAACAGCGAUCCCAGAAACAAUCCAGUAAGAGCACAAACCUGCCUUAAAUGUAUCACCCGAUGGAUCCAACAAGCCAUGAGGAAUUGAACUUUAUUCAGAAAGGAUUCGCAGCCAGCAGAAUCACUAUGGUUCGUUUGAUUAUAGGAAUAAUCAGUCCAACCAUAUAGGCAUUAGUCAAGUUCUUCUUGCUCUGUUGCAGCUCUCUUUCGCUGGAACCAGUUGCAGGAGAGGUCUGUGAAUGGUAGCAGGGUUUAUAGCACUGUUUACUGUUAAGAAAUAAUCUGAAAAGAAACUUGGAUUACUUCCCCAUGCCAUUCAGAAUAGAGAGCAGAUCUAGUACGUGCAGCAGAAAGGCUCAGCUGCAUAUACAGUGGGGUAUAUGCAAGGAAGGAGUUGUGUUUGUGUUAGAGAUACAUAACGUCUACUUGCAACAAGGGAUGAAUAGUUACAGCUGCAGGGAACACAAAUGGUGACUCCUGCAUGUGCUGUAUAUACAUGGGGAUACAGUCAAAGUUCCCUGCAAUCUAGUGUGAUAAAUCAUGGUGUGGAGUAACAAAUGCUGAUUGAAUCCCCAUGUACUUAUACACAAUAAUGGAUGGGAAAAUUAAAAUUUACCAUAGAAACUCCUCCCCAUCUGGAGAACUGAGUGAUAAAAUUAGAAAGCUUAAAAGGGCUUUUCUACCUAUGUACCUGUAACGGGGCAAUGGAGAAACCAUUACAAAAAGUAAUGUAGUUUUAUUUUAAAAGCAUUGCUAUACUUUUAUGGUUUCCACAUUGAUUUUAACAUUUUAUAUUGGUUCUCCUGGCUUUAUUUUGUGACCUGGACUUCCAGUUUCAACGGUUCACUAUAGGAAAUUUACACUGAUUUUAUUUCCAGCUUAGGAAAACUUGUAUUGAAAGGGAAACUUAUGGGUGUUUUGUUUCCAUUGUACAAGAAAAAGGAAAACAUUGUUUUUAAAAUGAUAAAUGAGCAUGGUAAAAGACUUUGAUAGGAAAAUAAAGAGUUUUAUUCUAUCAAGUUUAGAUUUAGUAUUUGUGAGAUUCUGGGGAGGAUGUCUUACUCAUUGUAGACUGAGGCUUGUUAUGACAUCUUUAGGUUAUGUCAUUCUUUCUUAGUCUGGUUCACUCCAGUACUAGAAGUGCAAAACCACAAAGUUGGGUUUGCUGUAAAUAUUUUUCAAAUGUGCUGUUUAAUGCAUCAUUUAUUUCACUUUAAACAUUUGCAGGUCUGAUAUUCUUUCUGUUCUCCACCAGAGGUCAGCUUGACUUUGGUUUUCACUUGUCUGUUCAAACUUAAGGCAUUUCUUCUGAUUUCCAUGCUAACACAUAGGUUCAUUUCUAUGCCCUCAAAAAUUGAAGACAGUGAUAAUUUUUUUAGCACUGCUUGCAAUAGAGAUAAGAUUCUUUAUACUAGUAAAUACUGAAUUUAUCUCUGUAAUCCUUUCAGCUGCAAGAAUAAUCUUCCAGAAAAUAUUUUUUUUACAUUUUCAAGGGUUUCUUGCUUAAUAUCACAUCUCUUGCUUCUGCUGUUCUUACUAAUUUUAACCCACCAAGUUCUCCCUGCAGCAAUAAUCCUUUGAGUUAAAUUGGAUUUUUAGCUCCAAGUGGGCAGGAACAAGACAUAAAUAGAUACAGGAUCUCACAGAAGUGAGUACACCCCCUCACAUUUUGUAAAUAUUUAAGUAUA